AUGAGUGACUCUGCAGGUGUUUCACAGAACUCAACUGCCAUAAAGCUUUCCUUAUUUCUGGAAGUUGAACCAUCUACACAACAGAAGGUGAAAAUGGCAUUGCUGGUUAGUCAUCUUCUGCUAAUCUCCUUAACAUCCUGUCUAGGAGAGUUCACGUGGCACAGAAGAUUUGGUCAUGGUGGUGUUGGGUUUGAUUCCUCUUACGUAGGGAGAUUAGAAAUGAUGAGAAGACAGUUGCACGGGCUCUGGUCUAUGUUUGGUGCUCACGGCUCAUUUCUGCACUCCCGUGCUCUGCGGCCGUUUGUAGGACUCGCCACGCUUGCUCUGCUGCAAGCUGUAACACCAGCAGUCAACAGCUGUCUCUUUGGCACCCUUGAUGUACAGGUGGUUAAUGCAGCAAGCCGCUCUCCGGCUUUUCCUGCACUGCACAGCAAGCCUGUCACAUACGGACAGGAGGUUUUCAUUUCAGUUUCUGAGGAAGACAAAGGAUUUGGACCCAUUUUUGAAGAGCAACCGAUCAAUACCAUUUACCCAGAAGAGUCGCUGGAAGGAAAAGUUUCACUUAACUGCCGGGCACGAGCUAGCCCCUUUCCAGUUUACAAAUGGAGAAUGAAUAAUGGGGAUGUUGACCUGACGAAUGAUCGAUACAGUAUGGUAGGAGGAAACCUUGUUAUCAACAACCCUGACAAACAGAAAGAUGCUGGGAUAUACUACUGCUUGGCAUCAAACAACUAUGGGAUGGUCAGAAGCACAGAGGCAACCCUGAGCUUUGGGUAUCUGGACCCUUUUCCUCCUGAGGAGCGGCCAGAAGUGAAAGUGAAGGAAGGAAAAGGCAUGGUGCUUCUCUGUGACCCUCCCUACCACUUCCCAGAUGAUCUUAGCUACCGCUGGCUUCUGAAUGAAUUUCCUGUAUUCAUCACAAUGGAUAAACGAAGAUUUGUGUCUCAGACAAAUGGCAAUCUCUACAUUGCAAACGUUGAGGCUUCUGAUCGAGGCAAUUACUCCUGCUUUGUGUCCAGUCCUUCUAUUACAAAGAGUGUGUUCAGCAAAUUUAUACCCCUCAUUCCAAUACCUGAACGAACAACAAAGCCAUAUCCUGCAGAUAUUGUAGUGCAGUUCAAGGACAUAUAUACCAUGAUGGGCCAAAAUGUGACUUUAGAGUGUUUCGCUCUUGGAAACCCUGUUCCUGAUAUCCGGUGGCGGAAGGUGCUAGAACCAAUGCCCAGCACUGCUGAGCUAAGCACCUCGGGGGCCAUCCUCAAGAUCUUCAACAUCCAGCUAGAAGAUGAAGGCCUCUAUGAGUGUGAGGCUGAGAACAUUCGAGGGAAGGACAAGCACCAGGCCAGGAUUUAUGUACAAGCAUUUCCUGAAUGGGUGGAGCAUAUCAAUGACACUGAGGUGGACAUAGGCAGCGACCUCUACUGGCCUUGUAUAGCCACAGGGAAGCCCAUUCCCACCAUCAGGUGGCUGAAAAAUGGAUAUCCGUAUCACAAAGGGGAACUGAGACUGUAUGAUGUGACUUUUGACAACGCGGGGAUGUACCAGUGCAUAGCAGAAAAUGCGUAUGGAUCCAUUUAUGCAAAUGCGGAGCUGAAGAUCCUAGCUUUAGCUCCAACUUUUGAAUGGAAUCCUAUGAAGAAAAAGAUCCUGGCUGCAAAAGGAGGAAGGGUUAUCAUUGAAUGUAAACCCAAGGCUGCACCAAAACCCAAAUUUUCAUGGAGCAAAGGGACAGAGUGGCUCGUAAACAGCACCAGAAUCCUCAUAUGGGAAGAUGGUAGCUUGGAAAUCAAUAAUAUUACAAGGACCGACGGCGGAAUCUAUACAUGCUUUGCAGAAAACAAUAGAGGGAAAGCUAACAGCACAGGGACUCUGGUGAUCACAAAUCCCACACGAAUCAUUUUGGCUCCAUUAAAUGCCGAUAUCACUGUUGGAGAAAAUGCCACCAUGCAGUGUGCUGCCUCCUUUGAUCCUGCCUUGGAUCUUACAUUUGUUUGGUCCUUCAAUGGCUACGUGAUUGAUUUUAACAAAGAGAAUACAAAUAUUCAUUACCAGAGGAAUUAUAUGCUCGAUGCCAACGGGGAACUGCUCAUCCGCAAUGCCCAGCUGAAACACGCUGGGAGAUACACGUGCACCGCACAGACAAUCGUGGACAACUCGUCGGCUUCGGCUGACCUCGUUGUAAGAGGCCCUCCAGGCCCUCCAGGUGGCCUGAGAAUAGAAGACAUCAGAGCUACCUCUGUGGCACUGACUUGGAGCCGAGGCUCAGACAAUCACAGCCCCAUCUCUAAAUACACCAUUCAGACCAAGACUAUUCUCUCAGAUGACUGGAAAGAUGCAAAGACGGAUCCUCCAAUUAUUGAAGGAAAUAUGGAGGCAGCAAAAGCAGUGGAUUUGAUCCCGUGGAUGGAAUAUGAAUUUCGAGUAGUGGCAACCAACACUUUGGGUACAGGAGAGCCCAGCAUACCCUCAAACAGGAUCAAAACAGACGGUGCUGCACCAAAUGUGGCUCCCUCGGAUGUAGGAGGUGGAGGCGGAAGCAACAGAGAGCUGACAAUCACAUGGGCGCCAUUGUCAAGAGAAUACCAUUACGGUAACAAUUUUGGUUACAUAGUGGCAUUUAAGCCAUUUGAUGGAGAAGAAUGGAAGAAGGUGACAGUUACUAACCCAGAUACCGGUCGCUAUGUCCACAAAGAUGAAACCAUGACCCCUUCCACUGCAUUUCAAGUGAAAGUGAAGGCAUUCAACAAUAAAGGAGACGGACCCUACAGCCUCAUAGCGGUCAUCAACUCGGCACAAGACGCUCCCAGUGAAGCCCCCACGGAAGUAGGGGUCAAAGUGCUAUCAUCUUCUGAGAUAUCUGUGCACUGGAAGCAUGUCUUAGAGAAAAUUGUGGAAAGCUAUCAGAUUCGGUACUGGGCGGCCCAUGACAAGGAAGCAGCUGCGCACAGAGUCCAAGUCACCAGCCAGGAGUACUCAGCCAGGCUAGAGAACCUGCUGCCGGACACCCAGUACUUCAUUGAAGUGGGAGCCUGCAACAGUGCUGGCUGCGGACCUUCAAGUGACUUGAUCGAGACCUUCACCAAAAAAGCCCCUCCUAGCCAGCCACCAAGGAUCAUCAGUUCCGUGAGGUCUGGCUCCCGUUACAUCAUCACGUGGGAUCACGUUGUUGCAUUAUCAAAUGAAUCUACAGUCACAGGAUACAAGAUACUCUACAGACCUGACGGUCAGCACGACGGCAAGUUGUUCUCAACCCAUAAACACUCCAUAGAAGUCCCGAUCCCCAGAGACGGAGAGUAUGUUGUUGAGGUUCGAGCACACAGUGACGGCGGUGAUGGAGUAGUGUCUCAAGUCAAAAUUUCAGGUGUGUCCGCGCUGUCUUCGAGUCUCCUCAGCCUGCUACUGCCCUCCCUUGGCUUUCUUGUCUACUUGGAAUUCUGAAUGUUGUGACAUCUGCUGUUCCCGUCCCUGCUCAGAGGAUGCCCUUCAUCGUGGGAUGACUGUAAUUCCUUCUAAUUCCUGCGGCGCCAUCCUAAGCCAAAUAAAGUAGACUCUAACAAGCUAUUCAACGGAUUUCCAAUACAUUAUGACUGAGGCAUUCAGGAACCACUUCGUCCAAAAGAAUAACUUUUAAAUGGAAAGAAAAAUGAUUUUUAACUCGUUCCAAUAUGCCUUAUAAACCAUUUAACCUGAUCCCGUGAAAGUUGCAUGACGUAAUUCAAUGGACAAGUUAACAGUGUUCAAUUCCAUACCAUAGGCUGUAGAGUGAAAGUAAGAUCACCAUACACAGGUGCUUUACAUUUAAUGACCAGUUGUGACAUAUAAUAGAGGUUGAAAUGUUGAUUGUAUGUGGUAUGUGUAAGAGUAAUGCAGUCUCUUAUAUUAGCCUAUAUGUUUGGGGUGCUGCAUUUUUCUUGAAAGACCCUUGUGAUCCAUUAUAUUUUGAGUUUCCCGUAAAAUUAAAACAAAAAUAGAACAAAAACAUUUUAACAUGAACACCAUUACCAAUCACUUUCCUGGGUGAGUUGAAAAGUUUUUUUUUUUUUUUU